CGGUCACUCUUUGAAAAGCAAAAAAUUAAAAACCAUAUAUGGUUGAGACCUCUGCCUUCCAUUUGGUGGUUCAAUAAGGCAAGACUGCUUGAAUUUGUCUAAUUUUUUCCUAAAAAAUAGAGAAUGAGAUCAAUUAGGUUUUGCAAAAUUUAGUUGCCAAUUCAGAUGCUUCAGCUGAUUGAAAACUAAAGUCAGAAAAAAAAAAUGACUAGCUGAACGUGGAAGCAGGCUUGAAUUUUCAGCCAUUCGACUUGCGAUUUAAAGAGCAAGGAGCUUGUAGACCAAGAGGUGCUUAGAUAUUUUUCUAGUCAUCAAAUUCUACAAUUAAAAGUUUGGAAAUAAACAGAUACAAGAUGAAAGAAAAGUGUAUACUUUAAUCUUCAAUUGUCUAUUAUGAAAAAUUGAAUUCAACAUAAAAAUGAAGGUUGGCAGUGAGGAAUGGGGAUAUCACUAUCUAUAGCUAGACCAAUGCAUUGCUUGUCUAACUCUAACAUGGCAACAUUGAUGUAUAAAUUGGAAGGUUGCGUAAAGGCAGAUUUGACAUAAAUCAAACAGUACCUAUCUCUUCUUUUUCCCCUUGUUAAUCUUGCAUCUGACUGCAAUAGUUUACGACAAUGGGUAGCGAUUCCCUUAAAACAAGUUAAAAAUGGUGGGCAGUCUCUGUUUCGUUAUCUCUCAAAAGCAAAGCACGCGUCAACUCUGGUUUGGAGGAAAAUGAAGGCAACCUAAGAUGACAAUCAAUGUGAUGCUGACUACGCUGCCAAAAUGAAUCCAGAACUAGGACCGUCCACUGCUAUUAACUGCAAACUGCAAUCAUUGCCUGACUGUGUCAUCAUACGACUCAACGUGUCACUGCCUUAGAGGGCCAAAGCUCAUAACUGUGAAGUACAAACUCUAUCUGGGCUUACAUGUUGAAUCCAACACAUCCGAAACUUAAUAAGGUGUUGUGAUCUUUGUCGUUUAUGGCUUAAGAACUCGUGCUUAUCCAACGGGUCUGAUUCUAUCAUUUACAACUUUUUUGAUCUUCUUUAAUAACUCCCACUUGCCUCUUUGCUCUUCUUAGUAGGGGAGCUUCUGUCUCCUCUGACCAACCUGUCUACAAGUGCUUACAAAAAAAGAAAAAAUAAAAUAAAUAUCUUUCAAUCUGUUACUAACUAAAAAAUCUCUUUCUGCCGCAGGAAAGAAGCAAUUUUCCUUCUCUAGUUAGUUCGAUUUGUGAUUGAAAAGAACAUAGAAAAUGCUGCUGAGAGGCUCAUCAACACCAAUCUUAAACUCAUGGUUACCAUACUUAAAUGACUGUUCAUCACCUGAGCCAGACUUUCCAAUUCUCCAUAGAACCAAAUCAGUGUCCUUUUACUCCCCAUCUUCCGUAGAUGACCAUAAGCAGAAACUAACACAAACCUUAGCUGAUAUCGGUAUCCAAAAUGAUACACCAGAACCAAGAAAAAAGAAGGGCAAAGCCAUAAUAUCAACACCGCACUCUCUUGACAAACAAGCAAAGCAAGAAAGAGAUCAAGAAAAAGAGUCAGAACCCAACUCUUGUUCAAUCCGAAGACUGCUGUCAAGUUCUGGGUUGGGAGAAACAAUCACGGAUGGUGAAGAUAGUACUGUGAUGCAGACACCAGUUAUGGGUGGUGGAGCAGGAAAUGAUAGUGGUAAAAUCUGUGGUGGUGCUGGUGGAGGAAGAGGAGGAUCAGGCGGUGGAGAUGAUAGUGUUGGCUCAGGGUUCUUUGAGAGUAAUAAUCAUGGGAGUGAUAGCACUGAUGUUUACUAUCAGAAGAUGAUUGAAGCAAAUCCUGACAAUCCGCUUUUGCUUGCAAAUUAUGCCAAGUUUUUGAAAGAGAUUAGAGGAGAUUUUGCCAGAGCAGAGGAGUACUGCGGCAGAGCAAUUCUGGCAAACCCAAAUGAUGGAAAUGUUUUGUCUCUCUAUGCUGAUCUAAUUUGGCAAAACAAAAAAGAUGCUCAGGGAGCCAAAAAUUACUUUGAUCAAGCUGUUAAGACUGCCCCAGAUGACUGGUAAAAUACCAAGCACCAACUUAUCAGACUUGUUUUGUUCUGGCUUCAUAUGCAAAAUUUCUUUGGGAUGCUGAAGAAGUAGAAGAGGAAGAAGAAGAAGAAGAAGAGCAUGAAGAG